AUGUCGAGCUUAAACGCCUAUUUAAACAAAAAGGUUGCUGUUCUGACGUCUGACGGGCGGUUCUUUGUCGGUGUGCUCGAAGGAUAUGACCAUUCAACAAACCUCAUACUAUCAGAUACGCAGGAGAGGGUGAUAGUUCCUGCUGAAGAAGGUGAGAGUAUAAUCGACGAGCUGGGGCUGUUUGUCAUACGCGGUGAUUUGGUGGUGUGUGUAGGGGAAAUUGACGAAGCUUUGGACAAGAGCAUCGACUGGACAAGAGUACACGGGUCAACGAUACAGAAGACAAAGAAGUCUAUAAGGUGAGGCUACAACGAUCACAGCAAGUAUGUUAAUAAUGGAUUUAAUAAUGGAGAAUAUUAUCACUUAAUGGCACGCCAUAGUGUCUCUUGGCUCGCCGUGGAAGAUGUGAUGUCCAAGCGUGGCACCGACAACAACGGCCAGCAUGACCCAUGCGUUGUAGCUCAUGAAGAUCAACAUGAUGAUGUAGCUGU